AUGCUCAGCUCGAUUGCACCGCCCGGGACGCUGCAAGGUCGGACUCAAGACCCUGCUAACCUUCGCUUGCAAAGCCAGCCUAGCAAGAAGUACGUCUUGCUUUUCGCCCUGAGCAAGGAGCUACCCCGAAAUUUCUUAUCCGAAGCCGUGUCGCUCCUCCGUGGUAGCAGUGGUACAGAAGAGGAAAAGCUUAUCACCACGCGCCUGGGUCUCUUGUCGUCCUCCGUCCCUGCCUCGCUCAUUCCACCUUCCGCAAUGAAUCCAAAUGCACCACCUCUUGCUCCGCAGUCGACCAUCUUCUCUGCUGCUCUGUCUUUGCUGCCUGCGUCGCAUGUCAUUCCUUUCCGAAGUAUGAUACAGGGCAAACAACCUGCGCAGGUGGGGAGGUGGCCAGAAUCCAAAGAAAGCUGGAAAGACAGUCGGGGAAAGCAAAAGCUCGAAGCGCUCAACGCAACGUUUAACGGUGUAGCAGCAGUUUCCUUGCGACCUUCAUCAUCAGGACAAAUGCGCGCUUCACCAGGGAACGCAACUAGCGACGCGACUGGCUGGAGGCAGCUGUGGGGCCGGGAGAAUAUCACAGGCGAGCUGCCGGCAUCGUUAGAGACCCUCCGGCAUAACUUCGCCGGAGCCCCAAACCUAUUAUCCACCAUCCUUUUCUCAAACACAGCCCCACAAGGACUGCUGGAGGGUCUUGACCUGCAUUUCCCCCGGGCUUCUUGUGCUGGCGUCGUCGCCCCAGCCACCCCUUUCGAGACGGGGCGCGCGCAGACACUUUUUUUCAAAGAUGCGGAAGCCGGGGUGGACGAGGUUAGCGCCGAUGGCGCAGUUGGAAUCGCCCUCGUAGCGGGAGGAGGAAUAGAGGCGGGAGGAGCGAGCUUGAAAGUCGAGACCAAAUUUGAAGGUCUAACGGAGUUCGGGCCGCGGAGAGCCAUCACGGGCGCGAGGGGCAACAUCAUCAGCACGCUCGAGGGCGGCAACGCGACGCAGCAAUUUUUACGAGACAUUCAGCAAGCCUCGAAAAAUCAGCAGCUGGCUACCAAGGAGGGAGCUACAAUGGCACUAGCACGGGAAGGAAUAGAAGGUGCUGAGCUAGCGCUUAAGACGGGCAUGAGCAGGGACGAGGCGAGGGACAUAUCGAAAGGCAUGAAAAAGGAAGAUGAAUUCUACCUUGGCGUGUUUGAGUGCAAGGAGGGCGGGCUCCCGAUCCUCCUAGCCCGUAUCCUGUCCGGAUCCCCUUCCCGCGGCAGUCUGUCGCUCGAUACAGACGUGGAGCUCGAGUCGGCAUUCGGGUCCAUGCCAACAAGGGAAAAUGCCAAGCGCUACGUCCAAUUCUACCAGGCGGACCCAUCAACAACGCGUGUGCAGUUCCCAUCCGCACUCGACAUCCCGGGUCUGAAUCCGUCCGACUGGGCGAGUCCGCGAUUCCUGUUCCUCACGCCCAGCCUCAACACGCUCGAAUCUGGCGGCCCGUCUGGGCUGGGCCAGCAGGAGGGACAAGCACCAGGGCAGGCAACGAAGAGAAAGACGCAGGUGCUUGCGCUGCCGAACAUGUUUGUCGCUGCCAGCGAGCGCGGCUGGAUCAGCCGCAGUCGCAGCCUCGCACGCGGCUGCGAGGGGAUAGAGACAUCGGACACAGCCUUACAGCAGCAGCAGCAACAAGCGCAUGUGACCAACGUGCCUGGUAGCAGCGUGAUGCUCAGCUUGGUUGUACAGGAAAGCUAG